AUGGGAGUCUUUCAGAUUUUUGUACCAAAAUAUGGACUGGAGUCAAUGAUAGUUCUCCAGCAAGGUAAAGGAACCACCAUAGACAUUGAAGAAUUUUGUGUGCGACAUGGUGACCAAGUAAUUCGUGAGCUUGAUCGAGUGAAAGUACGUGUUCGACUUGACGAUAGCAAUGUGCAGCGAAGGCGGAUAGCUCUCGAUCUUAUAGAACCGUCUACCCUCCCAGGCUUGUCUGUAGAUUUUGAUCUCUCUGAAUCAGUGGGUGUUGGAAUCUGA